AGGUUCCCCUCUUUGGGCAUUCGUUUUUAGUAUAGUAUAUCUUGAGAGAAUACCAUAGUACUAGGCAGCAGCGUGAACCGGGUGUAUGGAUGGAUGCACAACUCCUCCUCCGUUUGUCUAUAAAUAUGCUCAACUCCAUCGCAUCGCAACCCAACAGCACAAAUCGUUUCGUUUCCUUCCAUCGAGAUACAGUACGUGCCCCCGCCAAGGUAUCCAAUCCUUGUUGUUGUUGUUGUUUACCUGCUCCGCUGCUCGAUCGGUUCCUCCUCCCUGUCCCUAGGUCUGGGUGAUUCCAGCUCUUUGCUUGUGGAGCAGGAAGAUCGAGGAUGGCCGACUGCAACGCCAACUCCUCGGCGGCCAUUGGACAAGAGCAAGAUGUCGUCGUUGAGAAGAAGUACGGAGGAAUGGCACCUAAGAAGCCUCUGAUUUCAAAGGUACAUACUACUUUUCAAACAAAAAAAAGGAUCACGAGCGUGCCUAUUUUGAUUCAGCGGACUGGGUCCUUGGCAAGGAAGCUGCAAACAGCAGCGGCGCACGGGCUGCUAUCGAAUCCUUGAAGCCAAAGUUAAAGGUGAGGAGUGAUUUUGAGCUCACCAUCAUCUGAUGAAGUUGCAUUGCAUUGCAUUGUGGUGAAAGCGAGCAAUUCUGCGUGCAGAGGACGCCCCAUCACCAGCUUCCCCCUCGCAAGCCGACCUGCGCGUCCACCUGAACCUCUGCGACGAUUUGAGAUGUGAACAAGAGCCUCUAGCUUGUGUUAUGAUGCACGCAGCAGGGAUUGCUCGCUCUAUAUAUACUGACUGGGAUUAUAGUUAAUUAGUUGUUUAGUUGGUUGCAUUGUAGACAAUUGUAGCAGCAUUCCUAUGCUUAUUGGUCUAAGCUGGAUCUGGUAUUCUCAGAUGAUGAAUGUAUCCUCUUCUACAGUACUUGGCUUCUCCAUAUAUACUUGUGUAUGUAUCCAGCAAACAAGAGGUAGAAUUACUUUAUCCAAAAAAAAAAUAACAAGAGAUAGAAUGGAAAUGACAAGGCUUUUUGGAGGAGAA